AGCCUUUGGCACUUGGCAGUUGUAGUUGUAGGGUAUAAACUACUAACAUUGAUCAUGGAGGGGCUGUUGGCGUUUCGCUAGUGUGUUGUUGUCAGUUUAGUAUAUUUGUGAAGUUACUCGUAAUUCCAACGUUUAAGAGAUGGCUCUACCAGUGAACUACAAGCAGAUUGCUGCGGCCACACCGGUACAGCAGCUGCCACCCCAGCCCACCAACCAGAUGGCGACCUCUGGUGCCCCCCUGACUUUCAACAUCCUCAAAGAACGUCUGAGAGCGUCGGGCAGCUCCGGAGGUGGUUCUUCCUCUUCGAAAGAGUCAGCAGCUAACCAGAACCCGUUCACUACAAGUCCCCAUGCACCCCCAGGGUUCCAUCCUCAGAAGGUGGGGAAGGCGCAGAGUGACUCCCGCACGCCCAAGCCUCCCAAGCCACCAGAGAAGCCCCUGAUGCCGUACAUGCGCUACAGUCGCAAGGUGUGGGACCAGGUCAAGGCCCAGAAUCCAGAACUGAAACUAUGGGAGAUCGGCAAGAUCAUCGGCCAGAUGUGGCGCGACCUCCCGGAGGAGGACAAGACUGAGUAUGUGGAGGACUACGAAGCUGAAAAGGUGGAGUACGAGAAACAACUGAAGGUGUACCACAACUCGCCGGCGUACCUCGCAUACGUUGCUGCCAAGACAAGAGGCAAAGCCAGUAAGCAAAACCAAGAGAAGGAGGAUAAGGAACCUCAUGAACGAGGAUCAGGAGAGCGAGGUGGCAAGCAGGCAGAUCGGCGCAUCGACAUCCAACCCGCAGAGGAUGAGGACGAUCAAGAUGAUGGUUACUCUGUGAAGCAUGUGGCGUAUGCGCGGUAUCUGCGCAACCAUCGGCUCAUCAACGAGAUAUUCUCGGACGCCAUCGUGCCCGACGUGCGCUCUGUCGUCACCACUGCUCGAAUGCAAGUGUUGAAGCGACAAGUUCAGUCACUCACCAUGCAUCAGAAAAAACUAGAAGCAGAACUGCAACAGAUUGAAGAGAAGUUUGAAGCGAAGAAAAGAAAAUUCAUAGAAAGCAGUGAAAAUUUCCAGGAAGAACUGAAGAAGCAUUGCCAGAGAGCAGUGGACGAAGAUACAUUCCAGAAGAUGGUAGAGCGGCAGGUAGAGUUGUUGCGCAAGGAGCGUGCACGCGGCGUGGACGAGGCACACAAGCCUCCGCGCGCCCCUGAGGAGAGCGGGGCAGCAGAGCCAGUGGCAACCCCUACCAACGGGGUCGAGGACGGGCCGAACCCCCAACACUCUGAGAUGGUUGUACUCCACUACAUACAGCCGAUGGAGGAACGCAGUCAGUCGGCCGACGAGUCCAGCAACCCCCCGAUGGAGACGACCGUCAGCACCCCCACACCCCCGGCACUGCCCUCCAAGCCAGCAGAGAACAACAUUCCUGCCCCGGCCCCUGCCCCUACUCCUCCUGCACCCUACAUACACCCCUCCACCCCCUACCAGGCUCCGGGCUACCAGGGCGGCUACCCACCACCUGCAGGAGGACCUCCGCCGAACCAGAUGCCUCCCCCUCAAGGGGGGUUCCAGCCUGGAAUGUCCCCUUACCCCCCACAGCAGUACCCCCCUAGCCCCGCCACUCAGCCUCUCCCCCCCAGACCACCCUACGGCUAUCCUCAGUCUCCGUACCCUCAAUAUCCUCCUCAUCCUUACUACCACCAAAACCCGUACCCCCAGUACCCUCCGCCACACAUGCCUCCGUCUCGCCCUCACCCUCACUACCACAUGCCUCCACAACAGGACCCGGCUGCUCACCCGGGUCAGCCUCAGCAACAACCUCCACAGCAGGGAGUGGAGGGCAACAUGUACGGGCCCCCACCACAACAGAUGCCUGACAGAGGACCUGUACCUCUCACUGAUGAGCCCAUGGAGGAGGGCAAGCCGGACAACAUGGUUCCCACUCCAGGAGCGGACGAAAAGAAAAAACAUGGAGGGAGAAGUUGAGCCAAUCAAGAAUGGAGAAUAGGUAGUAUUAGUAAAUUUUUAAUUUUGUGACUUUUUAAAUUACCUAAUCUAAGACAUAAAUGUUUGUGAGGUAGAAAUAAAAUUCAGAUAUUGAUGUGUCAA